CUUAUAAGGGUAGACCCUAUCAAAGGCAUCAACAUGAGUCAUCAUACGUGGAAUUUUAGUCACCAAAAACAAGAAGAACAAGUAGUAGAAAAAGAAGUAGAGGAGAACAGAUAUCCUCGUAGCCACGUGCAUAACCAGCAGAAUCAAGUUGACCCCAUGUCCAAUAAGUGUGAAGUUGCAGAGUUAACAUGGGAAAAUGGGCAAGUAGCCAUGCAUAGACUUGGAAGCAACCUCUCCAAUGAGCAAACAAAACACACAUGGGGAAAGGCUGGUGACACACUAGAGUCAAUUGUGCAUCAAGCCACUUUCCAAAAACAAAAUCAUAGUUAUAUAAUGGGAAGUGAUGGACAAAAUCAGGCAAACAUCAACAGGGACAAAAAUGUAUCUUAUGGUGCUCAACAAACAAGAGGAGUACUAAAGAGGAUGAGAUCAUCAGAUUCUGACCCCCAAUUAUAUAUUGGUGGAAUAUCACUAGAACAUUUAAACGCUCGUGCAAGUGCUAGGGACAAUGAUAUCACCAUGGUAACAUGGCCUUGUAACGAGGAUUCUGCCUGCCAUGGUGGCUCGGAAAACAAGGAGGAAUUAGAACGUGAAACAAAAAGCUCCAACCCAUCAAAACGUAGUCGAAGAGCUGCUGUUCAUAACCAGUCAGAGCGGAGACGCCGUGUUAGAAUCAACGAAAAGAUGAAAGCUCUGCAGAAGUUGGUGCCAAAUGCAAGUAAGACAGAUAAAGCAUCAAUGUUGGAGGAAGUGAUAAAGUACUUAAAGCAGCUUCAAGCACAAAUUCAUAUGAUAAGCUAUGCUAAAAACAUGGAGCAACAAAUGUUGAUGAUGAUGCAACCACAUAUUCAAAUGCCAUUACUAGCAAGAAUGAGUGGUCUUAGUCUUGGCAUGGGCACUGCAGGAAUGAUUAACAAUAUGAGUGCUAAUUUAGCUCGAGCUCCUUAUCAGUCUCCCCUCAUUUAUCCAACUUCAAUUGCCACUCCUAGUUGUCAUCCCUUCAUGUCUCCAGCAUUUGGCAUGGCCCCGACCGUUCAUACUCAACCGUCACAAGUAGCUAAUUAUGGUGAUGCCGCCAGCGCCACAGUCACCAAAGCUGCAGCUACUGCUCCCAAUAUUGCAACCACUUCAUUAUACCCUUUUAAUGACCCCUAUAAUGCAUUUUUAGCCCAAUCAAUGAAGAUGGAGUUGAAUAAUGAAAUGGUAGCCCAGUAUAUGCAGCAGGUCAAUCAAUCUAUGCAGAGCAAGUUCAACCAAGAAAACGUCAAUAUCCAAGGGCAAAAGGAAUGA